AUGCGUCUUUUACCUUCACUUGUAGUCGCUGCGACUUUAUGCCCUCUCAUAUCUGCUGUGCCCGCAGGUUCAAGCAUCACCCCACCACCGCCCCUCCAACCUGUCCACCUCAUUACUCAUUCCGACCCACGCCGCCCAUGGACGCGAGUGCGCGAUUGGGUAAUCGGUUCGAUCUGGGGUAUUGAUCCCAAGCAUUGCUCAAAGGAUUCAUCUCCGCCGUCGAACAUCUACGCACGAUAUGGCAGCGAUGUGGUUCUUCGAUUUCACUUACGUCAACCGGACGAGGCAGGCGCAUUGUCAUCCGCAUCGCAAUUGCUAUUCUUGGAUAUCUGGGCCAUCACAUCGGACUUCGUGGAUAUCAGACUGGCAGAGGACAUGAUACCUUCAUUGCUCGACCUCCUCCCUCCCACUCUCCGCACCUCCUACCAGCCCCUCAUGGAUAACCUCGCCGACAAGAUCUAUGCAUCAUAUCCCGAUAACAACCGUAAUAAUUUGGAUUUUGGUUCAGGAACUAUAUCGUCUGGGCCCAAGAUAUCGACUAUCGGCGACCUCUUCUUCCAAGAAUAUCAGCCACUGUCGGUUAUUACGCAAUGGAUGCGCUUGAUGGCACAAAUGUUCUCAUCGCACGCGCAGAUGACUAGUAUUGGAAUUUCCUACGAGGGCCGCGAGAUUCCAGCUCUGCGAUUGGGGACGUCCGAAACAGACUCCGAGUCCGGGCCCCGCAAGAUGAUCGUCAUCAUGGGUGGCACCCACGCCAGAGAAUGGAUCAGCACAUCCACAGUGACAUACGUGGCCUACAGCCUCAUCACUCAUUACGGGUACUCCCCUGCUGUAACACGUUUGUUGCACGAGUACGACUGGGUCCUGAUUCCCACCCUCAAUCCAGACGGAUACGUCUACUCAUGGGAAUCAGAUCGUCUAUGGCGUAAGAACCGCCAGCCAACGGGCCUCCCAUUGUGUCCCGGUUUUGACCUGGAUCGCACUUGGGACUUUGAGUGGGAUGGCGAGUCAACUCACUCGAACCCCUGCUCCGAGAACUACGCCGGCGCAGAGCCGUUUGAAGCACUUGAAUCGCAUCGUUUGGCUCAAUGGGCUCAGAAUGAGACAGCUCACGGCCGCGCUGACAUCGUCGGCUUCAUUGACCUGCAUUCUUACUCUCAGCAGAUCCUUUACCCAUACUCAUACAGCUGUUCAUCCGUACCUCCCACCCUUGAGAGUCUAGAGGAACUUGCCUUGGGUCUCGCCAAGUCCAUCCGCCAGACCUCGCACGAGUUAUAUGACGUUACCUCAGCAUGCGAGGGAAUCUUGGCCAAUGGCGCAGCUACUGGUGCCACUUCUGGUGGGAGUGCUUUGGACUGGUUCUACCAUAAAUUGCAUGCCAAGUACUCUUAUCAGAUUAAACUUCGGGAUCGGGGUAGCUAUGGGUUCCUUUUGCCCUCGGAGCAUAUCAUUCCCACCGGAAAGGAGAUCUUCAACUCAUUAUUGAUAUUUGGAAAGUUCUUGUGGGGUGAAGAAGCCUCGGAUAUUUCUGUUGAAGACCAUCUGAUGGGUGCUCAAGUGCCCUUGGCGGAUAGGGUAUAA